AUGUCGGAUUUGUGCCUGGCCUGCGGUUGCAGCGCCACAGAGUGCUGGAGGAGCUGCAUCAGUCCGGGAGAAAGCCCGGUUGGCACAAACCAGCACAAGCACAAGUUCUCCCCCAAUCCCUUGGAACGAGCGCUCGCCAAGGGAGUGGAGGAUUUGUUCCAAGCUUUGCGCAGCGCGUCGCAGAAGGCCCCGAAGGCUGUUGCAUGUGACGCAACGGCCGACGCGCCGAUGGUGCCUGCAAACGCCCAGCCGCCCGCAAGCGAUGUGGCUGCCGAUCCACUGGAUGAGGAUCAGGAAUGGGAUCUGAAUGAUCCCCAGGACGUCAUGGACGUCAUUGACCAUAAAUUCCCAUUCAAGGAUGCAAAAAAGGCGGGGUUCACCUUGGCUCAGUUUGCAAAAGUAUCUGCCUUGUACGUCGAUUUCUUGAAGAAGAAGUCACCGAAA